AUGCCUGAGGAAAAAGACCCGUUGCCCGGGCGAGAAGCCAGCAUGUUCUACUUGCACACGCCUCAACCAGCCGUGUUCUUAUGCGCCCGUGAUCAAAAAUUCACGGAGCGGCCAUUCGGUACAUCGUCGCCAGCAUAUACCCCAGCUCCUCGUAGGCCGUCGAAAGAUGUCUCUGACAUAUCCGAGGAGUCUUACUCCCCCAGUCCGGUUCCUGAGCGAAGCACUCCCGCAAGUCUGAACUCGGGGACUCACACUGACUCUACAAACUCAAGACCGCGGCCAGAUCAGACUGACAUUGCCCGUGGCAUCAGGACCUAUUUUAGUCACUGCCACAGACAACCCAUUUGGUGCUUUGAGAGGGAGGAUGUCUCCAAUUUUGCAUCACUGCCUGAUGAACUUGUAUAUAGCAUCCUGGCCUUGACUUCACAUUUCUCCCCCAGGCAAAUUUCUCAGCCAUGCCACUAUGGCAACGAUGCGAGACAUCUAAUUAUGCUGCGCAUUGCCAACGGUGCUGUGAGCCUUCCGACUAUUGAGAGCUUGUGUCUACUCUCGUAUUCUACUUUCAUAGAUGGCAACCCCCAUCUUGGCCAAUUUCAUCUCGGCCUUGCUAUUCAACUCUGCCGGUCUGCCAUGCUUGACAUGGAAUCAAUAUACACUGGUUCAGAUCCAACCAUGGAACGAAAGAAGAAGCUUUUCUGGAGCCUACAAUUGCUUGAACACUUUUAUGGUAGACCGAACGGCUUACCAAGCAUACCCGUCGAGAUUGGAAGGCCAAGUUACGGUCCAGCUGGCGGUGUCCACGGAUUUUUCUCGGACUUGGGUCCCAAAACACCACCUCUCCCAACAGAUAGUCUUGGCACCUCAACCCCGGAUGAACCAGGGAUAUGGAAUACAGGCCUUCGGCUGGGAUGGGUAUGGAGUAGAGUGAGAAAGUAUGUUUCGGAUUGCUCGCAGAACAUACUGAAAGAGCCGUGGCGACACGACUCGACAUAUGCCAUGGUGUGCUCUGACUUUCUGGAAACGGAGAAUCGGAUUCCCAUGUGUCACCGCUAUGAUUCGGUCAAGUUUUACGAGCGAAAAAGAGACGAGCUGAGAAGUGAGCAUGACUACUGGGCGGCAUGGCUAAAGGAGCAGUUCACAUACCACUCCAUUCCCACGGUCCUCAACCACCCAUUUCUCUACAUUGUCGGAGCUCAGCACAACCCAAACCUGGCGAUUCCUAAUACUUUCUGGAGGCGGUCGUCUGAGCUGGCGCUGAUUCAUGCGACUUGGAUCGUUCGAAUCAUAGACAUGAUUGUGGACAAGCAAGUAAAGCUCACCGAUCCAUUCUUUGCACACAUGGCCGCCAUUGCUGCCACGGUGCAUCUUUACUACUGCUGUGCAGCAGCAGCUAGGCUGAAACAUAAAUCACACACCGAUUUUGCCAAGUGUAGGCAGUUUCUCAAGAGCUUCACAGCCCACUCUGCAGCUUGCGCAGCUUUGGAUCAUAAUCUGGAUAGGAUGACCCGAAUCGCUGCCGAUUCGGAUAAUAUGGAUGGGGAGGACUGGAUGCCAUCCAAGCUAAACUUGAGUGUACCCUUGAUGUGGGACAUUUUGCAGUUUAACUGCAUGACCAUGACGCCUGCUACCAACUCUGUCGACUUGUUGGAUGCUUCACUGACCCCGACGAUGGCCCAAGAAGAUCUUAGCGAGUGCACGUUGCUAGAAAUUGUCGUCGCGUCGUCGCCAGAGAUCAACGUCGAUACAACUGAUGGAGGACAAACAGCACCUCUUGCCUCUUCUGCUUCUACAAAACCUGAUACUCCACGCAACAUGGUUUGGAAUGAAACUAACCUCGAGCCAACGGACAAUCUUACGUUUAACACUACCCCAUGGCUGUAUGCAGAUCUUUCGCAGUUCGCAAGUCUUGGAGAUCUGGGCCUACUGGAAGCCCAGUCAGGAAUGAAUGAUAAUCGUGCCCAACAACCAUGGUGGGAGGGUGGGAACUUCAGCAAUGCCACAUUCUACUAG